AUCGCGCACGCGCAUUAACGCAGCUGCUGCCGUCUGCUGGAGUGCGUACGCGUUUUGCUGCACCUCAAGAGACGGAGCGUUUUCAGCAGACGUUUACCGGGCCGUUUUUGUCCGUUACCGACACUAUGGACACCCUGAAGAAUAGGAGUUUAUAAGGACGGACGUACUUUCUGAUGGAUUUAUUCUGAGAUUGAAUGCAGUUGGAUGGCAUACAGUGUCUCCAAGAGUUCAUGGCACACUGUGGCCAAUUCAUGAGUCCCAACUAUGGAAGAGUGACCGGAGUAUGAUGCCACAAAGAAAAAUGAAGAUCAGCCAUGCCUCCAUUGCUGAUCUCCAUCAAGGACACUCAGUUUUUACUGCUGUCUGGGACUCUCCUUCUUCUCUUGGAUAGUUUCAGUUUCAACAUACAUCAUACCACACGCAAGACCGUGUUGUUUAUGGACGAUAUCAUUCUGUCACGAGAAAGAUGAAAUUUCCCUUUAUUAGAAGUCCCAAUUAAAACAAGGACUCAAAAGUUACAAACUCUGGAAACUCAAAAGUGUACAGUACAGAUGAAGUUGCAUUAUGGCAGCUGAAUCUCUUCAGCAGCUGCAUUCACGUAUCUGGUUCGGAGGAGAGUGAUAGUUGCACGAUGCAGCGAAGUGGAGGCAUCAUCGGGAACAAUGGCCAGCCAUGGGUUCUGCGGCGAGUACGGCUCACCUGGCUCAGUUUCAUGCUCUUCUUCAUCCUGGUCUUCUUCCCUCUCAUUGCACAUUACUACCUCACCACAAUCGAUGAAGCAGGGGGACCAGAUAAGCGCAUUUUUGGGCCAAGACCUGGAGGAGAGCUGUGUGAAGCAAAGCACGUACAAGACCUGUGUCGAAUACGGGAAUCUGUCAGCGAGGAGCUACUUCAGCUUGAGGCAAAGCGUCAAGAGCUCAAUGGCGAGAUAGCCCGACUUAACCUACGCAUCGAGGCUUGUAAACGUAGUAUCGACAGUGCCAAACAAGACUUGCUUCAACUCAAAAAUGUCAUCAGCCAGACAGAGCACUCUUACAAGGAACUUAUGGCACAAAACCAGCCAAAACUGUCGUUGCCAGUUAGACUUUUACCAGACAAGGAUGAUCCUGGAUACCCUCCUCCGAAGUCGGCCCAAAGCUGUCGUUUGCAUUCUUGCUUUGAUUAUGCUAGAUGUCCACUUACAUCUGGUUUCCCUGUCUAUGUUUAUGACACAGGAUCAUAUCCUUGGGGUGAGAAGUUGGACCCACUUGUCAAACAAGCCUUCGCAUCAUCUGUCAAAAGCAGUGUAUAUGUGACCAAUAAUCCAAACAUUGCCUGUCUGUACAUAGUGCUUGUUGGGGAAAUACAAGAAUCACCUUCCUCUACCCCUGCUUCACCUUUAGACCUUGAAAAGCAGCUCAAGGCUUUGCCGUAUUGGAGGUUGGACGGCCACAACCACCUCCUUGUCCAUCUUUCUAGAAAGUCUCUGACUCAGAACUUCCUGUACAAUGUGAGCACAGGACGAGCAGCAGUGGCACAGUCUACCUUUUUUGAACGUCAAUAUAGAGAAGGUUUCGACAUGGUGGUGUCUCCUCUGGUCCACGCUCUGUCUGAGCCCAACUUCCUAGAGGUGCCUCCGCAAGUCCCUGUCAAGAGGAAGUACCUCUUUACCUUUCAGGGAGAAAAGGUUGAGUCUUUGAGGAGCAGCUUGCUUGAAGCCCCACCACAGUCCUUUGAGGAGGAAAUGGAAGGGGAUCCACCAGCUGACUAUGAUGAUCGUAUUAUCGGCACACUUAAAGCUGUACAGGACAGUCACCUAGACCAGGUUCUUGUGGAGUUCACUUGCAAGAAUCAGCCCAAGCCAAGUUUACCAACAGAGUGGGCAUUGUGUGGCGAGCGCGAGGAUCGUUUAGAGGUACUGAAGGUUUCUACAUUUGCCCUGGUGAUAUCUCCAGGUGAUGGCCAGUUGGUUGCAUCUGCUGGCUGUAGCAUGAGACUUUUUGAGGCUUUGGAAGUUGGGGCAAUACCGGUGGUGCUUGGCGACCACUCAAAGUUGCCCUACCAUCACCUCAUACGCUGGAGUGAGGCAGUCAUUAUGGUACCCAAGCCUCGCAUUACUGAGCUGCACUUUCUGUUGCGUAGCAUCUCAGACAAUGAUCUUCUGGCCAUGCGACGACAGGGUCGGUUUCUUUGGGAGACGUACUUCUCCACCUCAGAGAGCAUCUUCAGCACCAUCCUGGCUAGUGUACGAACCAGCAUCCAGAUACCAGCAGCACCCAUACGUGAGGAGCCUGCCCAGGAGAUUCCCCACAAAGCUGGAAAGUUGGCAGGAACCGAUGCUAACAUGGCUGACAAUGGCGACCUCGAUCUAGGGCCUGUUGAAGUAGAGCCCCCUUAUGCCUCGCCACGCUUCUUGCGUAACUUCACGUACACAGUUGCUGAUGUCUACCGCACCUGGAAUCGUGCACCUGGCCCUUUCCAUCUAUUCCCACAUACUCCCUUGGACCCUGUACUUCCUUCAGAGGCCAAGUUUCUGGGGUCGGGGACUGGUUUCCGCCCUAUCGGUGGUGGUUCUGGGGGAUCUGGUAAAGAGUUUCAGGCCGCUCUUGGAGGUAACGUUCCACGGGAGCAGUUCACUGUGGUCAUGCUUACUUAUGAACGGGAGGAGGUUCUUAUGAACUCACUGGAAAGACUAAAUGGUCUUCCUUAUCUCAACAAAGUGGUGGUAGUGUGGAAUUCCCCCAAACCACCUUCUGAUGAUCUGCUCUGGCCAGACAUUGGUCUACCUAUUGUGGUGGUUCGCACAGAGAAAAACAGCUUAAACAAUCGUUUCCUUCCCUGGGAUGCAGUCGAGACUGAGGCUAUUUUGUCUAUUGAUGAUGAUGCCCAUCUUCGACAUGAUGAAAUUAUGUUUGGGUUCAGGGUGUGGCGGGAGGCCAGAGACCGGAUUGUGGGGUUCCCGGGAAGGUUUCAUGCAUGGGAUGUAAAUCACCAAUCUUGGCUCUACAAUUCCAACUACUCCUGCGAGCUCUCCAUGGUGCUGACGGGUGCGGCCUUCUUCCAUAAGUAUUACGCAUACCUCUUCUAUGUCAUGCCUCAAGCUAUACGUGACAUGGUGGACGAGUACAUCAACUGUGAGGAUAUCGCCAUGAACUUCCUCGUGUCGCAUAUCACUCGCAAACCCCCCAUCAAGGUGACGUCACGUUGGACCUUCCGCUGUCCCGGCUGUCCACAGGCUCUGUCACAUGACGAUUCGCACUUCCAUGAGCGCCACAAGUGCAUCAACUUCUUCGUAAAAGUCUACGGAUACAUGCCGCUGUUAUACACUCAGUUCAGAGUGGACUCGGUACUCUUCAAGACGCGAUUGCCGCACGACAAGACAAAAUGUUUUAAAUUCAUUUAACGGAACAAGCACAGAAAUCCUGACACGGGAAGGUCUCUCUCUGGGAACGUGAAGGGAAUUAAAGCUUUCGUGUAAAUAUAGGACAAUUUUACUUUGAACUCGUCUUCCUUGAAGCCAAGGGAGAACAAUUGCAGAACGAACGGUUACCGUUGUGCGUGAUUCAUCAGCAACCACUACAGGCUUUAUUUGCACCACUUUUCAUUGGACGUCUUGAGACGGGGACGCUUUAAUGGACGUCAAAUUGACAUUUGCAUCAUGUUAAACUGACAGAACAAAGUUAUGGACUGAUGGAGGCUGUUUUUGAUGAGAAUUAUGGCUCUAAAUGAUUCAUGUUUUUAUUUUUACUUACUUUGCAUAUACUCUGUUGUUUGAAACGCACUGAUGGUCAUGUUUUUUUACUCGUGUGUGCUUUUGAGCUUGUGUGAAUGGCUGUGUGUGUUGUUCUGUAGGUUGAUGGUGACUAAACGUCACUAACCCCCGUCAAAUGUUUGUUGAUCAUCAGUAAGAAUAGCACAAGAUAUCAACAUAACUGCAUAGGAAUAGCACCAAAUCAAACUGUUACAUGUUCUCAUGUCAGUCACGAUCAUAGAAGAAAACGAAAUAUCUGUGUGUUACCUGUUCAGUACCCUUAUGGAAUAACAGAUUGAUCUAAAUGCCUUUUGCUGGAUAUGGAUAAUCAUGUGUUGUGUGUGAUUUUUAAUAAGGUCUAAUGAUUUCAAAGGUGAAAUGACUGACAUAUCCAGGUCAUAUUUAAUCAUGUAUUUAACAUAAAGGACAAUGAAGCCUGUUUUUUUUUUUUUCUCAGUUGUGACAUUAUUUUCAUGAAUUAUAGCACCAAAUUCUUAUUACGUAAUGCCCCCCAAAAAAUCUUUUCUAAUGCAAAAUAUAAUUUUUCAUCAAAAUGAAAUGUUUUAGGACUGUUAUGAUUUGACAUUUCUACCAUUUCUCGAUACCAUAAUGCAAAAAUCUCAUUUUUCUAAUCGCAUCAUAAUGUUAAAUUCAGUACAUCAAAUAUUACCAUGACAUAAAUAUUUACAUUUUAAAUAUAUUGUUUUCUUUUUGCAAUAUGGUUCUUUAGGGAAAAGUGUGAAAAUAAUGUCACAGGGUGAUUAUAAAUAAAUUUGAUCUAAAUUUGUCUUUAUGCACAAUAUCAUAUCUUAUUUAUUUCUUAUUUCCAUUUGAUUUGGUGGUGAAAUGUGACCUGGACAUGCUCUUGACCGUUUCAUGUGAGAAUGUGUUUUGUGUGUCCGCUUUGAGAUUUCUUACGCCAGAUUUUCGGGUCUAUGAAACUACAAACAUGAUUUAUGUGAGGAAGAUAACGGUGACAGGACGUGCAGUAGUUCCUCUUUCCUCUGUAAACGGUACGCGUCUCUUUUCUGUGCCAGGAUGUUACCUGGGGCUCCUUCUGCCAACCUGAUUUCACCCUUCAGCUGACAAAUCUGAGAUGCCUUUCAGAACGCUAUUUCUGUCUUUUGGUUAAUUCAUGAUGGCUGGUACGUUUAGGAAAAUGGCUCUGCAAUUGUAAAUUUAAUGAGUUUUAUUUUUUAAAACACAAAAAUGUGGCUCUGUUCCCCUUAGAAGAGGAUAUGAUUUUUUUGUUUUGUUACAUGCCCAUGUUUUGUAUUGUGUAUAAAUCUAUUGAACAGGCUUUAAUGUUUAAUUCAGUUUUAAUCAUUGUGAAGACUGUAUGAGCGUUCGGACGAUAUAAACUAUUGGUUGUAAAGUGUUGAAUGCCAGCAAACGUUAUAACUGACAACUUCUUCAACCACACUAAUAAACCAGCCAGUGUCAUCAUCCUUCA